AUCAACCCACCAAUCUCUGAGUGCCAAUCUUUGUACUUGAAGUUUUUGAGUCAGCGCGAGGAGCACGAGGCCAAUUAAUCCUUCUUAACCUGUCUCAACAACUAGAAACCUUCCCCGACAAGGAAUUAGCAGUCGGGUUUCAGCCAACACACUUCUCAUCCGCUGUAUUGGCGGUCGCCGCCCUUGUCUCCAUGAGAUAACAGCGCCCGAGACCCUUCCCUUUUUUUUUUCUCUUAUUCACUCUCUCCCCAUUUCUCUUAAACCCUGCGGACCCCUCGAUUUCCUCCACCCUCCCACCUCAAAAGCUUCUGGAGUUGCCCGGCAUGUCAAGCAUAUUACGGCGAUCGACCGGUCUCGCGCGGGUCGCCAGUAUAUCACUCAGCGCUUCCACGCGUGCAAGCCUACGAAUACCCCGUUCACUUCGCACAUCGCAAUUGUCCUGGGCCGCCCAGCGACCUCGGUACUAUUCCGAGAAGAAGCCCGAACGCCCCGACGACUCCGACGAACCCAACCGGAAUGGAGCGCCGACGCCUAACAAACCCGAAACCCCUAAAGACAUCAAGGACAUAAAAGAUGACAUAAAAGAUACCAAAUUCACCAAAGACACUAAAUCACAGCCAGAGUUCCAGAAUGCAGAAUCCCCCGGCCCAACCGACGGCGAAGCGCCAAAAGAAUCUGGCGCCGAGAAGGAUGAAAGGCUUCCGCUUCCCGAAGGCUGGGUGUAUCUUAAUGAGGAGCAAUUGGAACUUCUCAAGAAGGUUCUUUCUGCUGCACCAUUCAAGCUUGCGUCGUUUGGUAUGAACAAAUCAUUACUCGACUCAGUGAGAAAAACGGGUGUGCCUGCAGAUAUGAUUAUUACGAUUGAGAAGCAAAGAAAAGGGACACUGUCCCUUGCUGAUAUCGGCAAGACGUAUAAGGCUGUCAACGAAUUGGCCGAAAAGCUGGCUAAGAUGACAAUGGAGGAGCUGAAAACUCAGGAAAAGAAACCCGAUAGUUAUUCCAGGGCGAAUUCGAGAAAGACAGAGGGAGAAGAGAAGAAAGCCAAGGAGCCCGAAAGCGAAAGCCGAAGAGAUAGAGAUAAUUCGCAGAGGUCUGACAAGGGGUUUAGCGGAUUCAACUCAAAGAAGCCUCCCCCAAACUCUGGAAACAACGGUUUCAGCCCAUUCAAGGGAUCGGACUGGCUCUCACCCGUUGUAGCCUCGGCUGUCGUUUGGUGGCUCUACAACUCCGUAUUUGAAGAGGGCGGACGAGAAAUUACAUGGCAAGAGCUUAGGAAGAAUUUCCUGGAGAAGGGUCUCGUUGAGAAGAUGGUUAUACAAGGCCACCGGGUCCGCGUCGAGCUGAACAAGGAUGCGACUCAGUCUAUGUACCCCGAUACGAUUGCAACACGCCCCGGCUUCAACUACUACUUCUCUAUUGCCUCUGCUGACGCCUUUGAGAGACGCCUGGAAGAAGCCCAAAACGAGUUAGGUAUCCCCAGCAACGAGAGGAUACCCGUAAGCAUUGCGCCCGAAAGCCCCUUCUUCAACCUAUUAGUGGCCUUUGGCCCUACAGUACUUCUCGUUGGUCUACUCAUUUAUGCUUCACGUCGUGGUCCCGGUGGAUCUGGAGGGUCUAGCGGCAUAUUUGGAUUUAGCAAAAGCAAGGCAAAGCGUUUUAGCCACGAGACAGCAAUCAAGGUCAAGUUCUCGGACGUCGCCGGCAUGGACGAAGCCAAACAAGAGAUCAUGGAGUUUGUGAGUUUCCUAAAGAAGCCGCAAAAAUUCCAGAGACUUGGUGCCAAAAUUCCCCGCGGUGCAAUUCUCGCUGGACCUCCUGGAACUGGUAAAACAUUGCUUGCGAAGGCUACUGCAGGCGAAUCCGGAGUACCAUUCUUCAGUGUGAGCGGUUCGGAGUUCGUCGAGAUGUUCGUUGGUGUUGGUGCGUCGAGAGUCAGAGAUCUUUUCGCAACGGCGCGAAAAAACACCCCCUGCAUCAUUUUCAUUGAUGAGAUUGAUGCCAUUGGUAGAUCACGUUCGGAGGGCCAGCGAUUUGGUGGCAAUGAUGAACGAGAAGCAACCCUUAACCAGAUCCUCACGGAAAUGGAUGGUUUCAACACCACUGAUCAAAUCGUUGUUCUCGCUGGUACCAAUCGAGUAGAUAUUCUGGACAAGGCAUUAAUGCGACCUGGCCGAUUCGACCGACAUAUCAACAUUGACGCACCCACGAUGGCAGGACGGCAAGACAUCUUUAAGGUGUACCUCAAGAAGAUUGUGACCAACGAAGAGAUGGAACAUCUAAGUGGGCGACUUGCGUCCCUAACACCAGGCUUCUCUGGUGCUGAUAUUGCAAAUUGCGUGAAUGAAGCCGCUCUCAUUGCUGCAAGAAAUAAUGCUCGAUCGGUUACACUACUGCAUUUCGAGCAAGCCAUUGAGCGCGUUGUCGGUGGUCUUGAGCGCAAGUCUCUCGUCUUAAACCCAUUAGAAAAGAAGACCGUCGCAUACCACGAAGCGGGACAUGCUAUCUGUGGUUGGUUCUUCAAAUAUGCCGAUCCUCUUCUAAAGGUUUCGAUCAUACCUCGAGGUAAAGGUCUAGGAUACGCACAAUACUUGCCGGGAGACGCCUACCUAAUGAGCUACGAACAAUUGAUGGAUCGGAUGGCUAUGACUCUGGGAGGGCGAAUCUCAGAAGAGCUCCACUUCCCUACGGUAACGACGGGAGCCAGUGACGACUUUGACAAGGUGACUCGUAUGGCCACGGCCAUGGUAACGCAAUGGGGCAUGUCAGAAAAAGUCGGGCCACUACAUUACCGAAACGACCAAAAUCGGGUUUAUAAGCCAUUUUCGGAGGGGACGGGUCAAGUCAUCGACGCCGAAGUGAGACGGAUCAUUGAGCAGGCGUAUAAGAAGUGCAAGGACCUUUUAAUAGAGAAGAAGGCGGAGGUGGGAAUCAUCGCAGAGGAAUUAUUAAGCAAGGAGGUGCUAGUUCGAGAUGAUAUGGUUCGUCUCCUAGGACCUCGACCUUUUGAAGAUAGGGACGACUUCUCCAAGUAUUUCGGUGGCGAUGCUAGCAAGGCGCCACCCGGCCCGCCACCAGCACCAGAAUCGCCAGAGCUUCCCGAUAGCCCUGAACCUCCGACAAGCCCUGCAUUGACCAAGGACUUGAAAGGCGACGAAAUCAGGUAAUUGUUUGUAUGUACCUAUAUAUGGUUUAAUGGGCUCGGGGAUUUUCCUCUGCCGGUGAGCUGUCGAGAGCUAUUAUCAUGAUACCACCAAUGCAUGACGAUGACUCAAAAGCUCUCAACUCAUUCCAGUUCUAUGUAUAUUCUGUUCAUAACGAAAAGAUGGGAAGAAGGAAAGAGAAAAAAGGAGUACGCCGCGCCGUGGCUUGUCUAUACAUUGCAUGUACUGUAUGAUACUAGGUUAGGUACCUGGGUACAUUAGAAGUCUCGCAAAUAUUGCAAGGCACAUAUAUCAUUGAUGUAUGUAUAUGCUUGCAUCCAUACAUAUGAUCUGAAAGUUUUGGAGGUUGAGCAAAGUUCCCGAAGUGUGUGUGUUUGCCGAUGACGCAGUCAACGAUCAAUCUUUCACAUGCCCCCUUGAGCAAUUGAGCGGGCGCCCCUGUUCCGUGUUCGGUCCAGUACGGUUCAGGACAUCCAUUUUUGUUAGCGGCUUGGUUUGGGGGGAUUCUACAUAGUUCCGUGUGGGGAUUAACUACAUCUGGGCAUGGAUAUUUGCAUCCCG